AUGUGUGCAGUGAAUAUUAACGUUGACCCUGGAGAUUGCGAAUGGUUUGCCGUUCCUGAACAGUACUGGGGUUCUAUUCACCACCUCACUGAACACCAAGGUCUCGAUUUCCUGACCAGCUCCUGGUGGCCUGACGUAGAGGAAUUGCGACAAGAGGGCAUCCCCGUGUAUCGCUUUCUCCAAAAACCCGGUGAUCUCGUGUGGUUCAACGCGGGCACGGUCUUCUGGGGUCAGGCACUGGGAUGGAGUACCCUUCUUCGCACAAUGGUGAAUUCUCAAAUUAUACUGGAUUUCCUUGAGCAACUUCGAAUUCCCGUCAAACGACACGGAAAGAAACCCGAUGAAAUCGCUCAUAACUGCCAAGAUUGUGAAAUCGAAGUUUUCAAUAUUCUCUUUGCAACAACGCAAGACAAACGUUCUGAAGUUAGGUGCUUCUCAUGUGCACGCCGCAAUGAUCCCAGUUUGCAGUCCUUCAGUGUUCUCUCUGAAUAUUACAUGUCUGAAUUAGCUACCAUCUAUGACAACUUCCAAACUAAUACCGUAAGAAUAUUUACUCAUAGUUCCAACCUAUUUCGAAUUUUGUAUGUGUAG